CUUUUGAAUGUGCUCUUAUUAGAAUAUUAAAAUUCUGAUAAUUUACUCUAACAUACAGACUCAUACAUACUCUGUCUAACAUACUUGAUCUACUCUUAAAGUUAACAUGAACAGAGAGCAAGCUGAAGAUUUGAAAGCAUUUGAGCAAAGAUUGAUGGAGUGUGUGAGGUUUGUUCGAACUAGGACAAAAAAAUGGAGAUUCAUACUAGUUGGAGUGUUGCUGUGGUUCCUCUUGUCACUGUACAUUUGGUGGAUGGAUGAUAAUCAUUAUGAAGGUUACUGGGAUAUGAUGAGUGCUAACAAAAGUUUAACAGCUAGUCUUCUUGUGUUGACCUUGCUCUACGUUUUUGGAGUAUUUGAAAGAAACAAUGCAGCAAACAUUCUAACUUCAAGGUGUCAGAAUGUGCUCUAUGACUACAAUAUGUCUUGCGAUCAGGAAGGCAAACUGAUUAUUAGAAGAAAACCAGCAACAGUCAUUACUAGUUAUCCUAGUUAAUUAUCAUCCCAUUCGAAUUUAAGAAGCUGUUUAUUUUGCUGAAA